CCGGAAGUGAAGCUUUCUCUUCCGGAACUAGCUUCUGGGCGACUGCACGUGGUGGCGCUGCCGGGGCUUGAGCCGGCGUUGGCAGAGUAGUGGUUUGAACUCUCUCCCCGGAGCGAAUGAGCCUAGGAGGAGCCAUGGAGGGCCAGAGCGUGGAGGAACUGCUGGCAAAGGCGGAGCGGGACGAGGCAGAGAAGUUGCAGCGCAUCACAGUGCACAAGGAGCUAGAGCUGGAGUUCGACCUGGGUAACCUGCUGGCAUCAGACCGGAACCCCCCGACGGGACUGCGGCGCGCGGGAGCAACGCCGGAGGCUGAGCUGCAGGCCCUGGCGCGGGACAACACGCAGCUGCUCAUCAACCAGCUAUGGCAGCUGCCCACGGAGCGCGUGGAGGAGGCGCUGGUGGCGCGGCUGCCGGAGCCUACCACUCGCCUGCCGCGCGAGAAACCGGUGCCCCGGCCGCGGCCGCUUACACGCUGGCAGCAGUUCGCGCGCCUCAAGGGCAUCCGUCCCAAGAAGAAGACCAAUCUGGUGUGGGACGAGGUGAGUGGCCAGUGGCGACGCCGCUGGGGCUAUCAGCGCGCCCGUGAUGACACCAAGGAAUGGUUGAUCGAGGUGCCCGGGGGUGCCGACCCGCUAGAGGACCAGUUCGCCAAGCGGAUCCAGGCUAAGAAGGAACGGGUGGCCAAGAAUGAGUUGAACCGCCUGCGUAACCUGGCUCGCGCGCACAAGAUGCAGGUACCUAGCGCGGCUGGCAUGCACCCUACGGGACACCAGAGUAAGGAGGAAUUAGGCCGCGCCAUGCAGGUAGCCAAGGUGUCCACCGCCUCUGUGGGGCGUUUCCAGGAGCGCUUGCCCAAAGAGAAGAACCCCCGGGGCUCGGGCAAGAAGAGGAAGUUUCAGCCCCUUUUCGGGGACUUUGCAGCCGAGAAGAAGAGCCAGUUGGAGCUGCUUAGAGUGAUGAACAGCAAAAAGCCUCAGCUGGACGUGACAAGGGCCACCAAUAAACAGAUGAGGGAGGAGGACCAGGAGGAGGCUGCCAAGAGAAGGAAAAUGAGCCAGAAGAGCAAGAGAAAGGGGGGCCGGCAGGGUCCUGGGGGCAAAAGGAAAGGUGCCCCGCCCAGCCAGGGAGGGAAGAGGAACCGGGCCUUGGGAGGCAGGAUGAAUUCUGGGCCGCCUCCCUUGGGCAGCAAGAGGAAAGGAGGACAACACCAAGGAGGAAAGAGAAGGAAAUAAUUUUCACCCUCGGACCCAUCUGUAAACCCUAGAGCUAUACUAAAUGUUAAGGUCUAGUUACUAGGUGGGUGAGGUUGGUGGGGCAGGAGGGUUGUUGAAGAAGGUGGCCGCUGCCUUCACUGAGGUUUAAGGAAUAGACUGCCUUCCUUGCCAGAUAGUAUGUAAAUGUUGGACUCUACAGAUUGUUUUCCCACAACCAGGAAUUUGGCUGGAGAUUAAAAGAUGUAUGUGAGGACACAAGAAUCCAGGAAAAGUUGGUGGAGACUGGGAACCAGUUGUAUAUUUAAACAGACAUCUUUUUUUCUUUUUAACUUUGGACCUGUUGUGGGGGAGAGUUGGUCAUCUUUCAGACUUACAAUUGAUUUCUGCAUUAUUUUUAUAACAAGGGAAUGUGUCCGAUGGGAACAAAGAUUAUUUUCAAAACUGGACUUAAAAAUAAUUCUUAUGAAGGUUUUUUAAUAAAACUGUGUCUUUCUA